UCCAAGGCCUCCCAAAGCUCUCUGGCACCCAGGGAACAGUGUGUGUGUCGAGAGCUUAAUCCGCAGGAGCAUAGCCAUGGUGCUCUGGGGUCCAGUGCUGGGAGCUCUGCUGGUGGUCAUUGCUGGAUACCUGUGCCUGCCAGGGAUGCUCCGACAACGUAGGCCACGGGAGCCCCCUCUGGACAAGGGUAUUGUGCCCUGGCUUGGCUAUGCCAUGGCUUUCCGGAAGAAUAUGUUUGAAUUUCUGAAGCGCAUGAGGAGCAAGCAUGGGGAUGUGUUCACAGUGCAGCUAGGGGGCCAGUACUUCACCUUUGUCAUGGACCCCCUCUCCUUUGGCCCCAUCCUCAAGGACACACAGAGAAAACUAGACUUUGGGCAAUAUGCAAAAAAACUGGUGCUGAAGGUAUUUGGAUACCGUUCAGUGCAAGGGGACCAUGAGAUGAUACACUCAGCCAGCAUCAAGCAUCUGAGGGGGGAUGGCUUGAAGGAUCUUAAUGAGACCAUGCUGGACAGCCUGUCCUUUGUAAUGCUGAAGUCAAAAGGCUGGAGUCCGGGUGCCGGUUGCUGGCACGAGGACAGCCUCUUCCACUUCUGCUAUUAUAUCUUGUUCACAGCUGGCUACCUGAGCUUGUUCGGCUACACGAAGGACAAGGAGCAGGACCUGCUACAGGCAGGAGAGUUAUUCGUGGAGUUUCGCAAGUUUGACCUUCUUUUCCCCAGGUUUGUCUACUCUCUGCUGUGGCCCCAAGAGUGGCUAGAAGUGGGCCGACUCCAGCGUCUCUUUCACAAGAUGCUCUCCGUGAGCCACAGCCAGGAGAAGGAGGGCAUCAGCAACUGGCUGUGCAACAUGCUUCAGUUUCUGAGGGAGCAGGGGGUGCCCUCAGCUAUGCAGGACAAGUUCAACUUCAUGAUGCUCUGGGCCUCCCAGGGGAACACGGGGCCUACCUCUUUCUGGGCCCUCUUGUUCCUCCUGAAGCACCCAGAAGCUAUUCGGGCUGUGAGGGAGGAAGCUACCCAGGUCCUGGGUGAGGCCAGACUGGAGACCAAGCAGUCCUUUGCCUUCAAACUCAGUGCCCUGCAACACACCCCAGUUCUGGACAGUGUGGUAGAGGAGACACUGAGGCUGAGGGCUGCACCCACCCUCCUCAGGUUGGUUCAUGAAGACUAUACCCUGAAGAUGGCCAGUGGGCAGGAGUAUCUGUUCCGCCGUGGAGACAUCCUGGCCCUCUUUCCCUACCUCUCAGUGCACGUGGACCCUGACAUCCACCCCGAGCCCACUAUCUUCAAGUAUGAUCGCUUCCUCAACCCUAAUGGCAGCCGGAAAGUGGACUUCUUCAAGGCAGGCAAGAAGAUCCAUCACUACACCAUGCCCUGGGGUUCGGGCGUUUCCAUCUGCCCUGGGAGGUUCUUCGCACUCAGUGAGGCAGACUUCGAAAUAAAUGUUGACUUGGGUUCUCAGUUGGCCCAUAGUAUCUGUGAUACCAUGAUCUCAUGGCUGGUGGAACAAUUCAGUGCUACUGAAGCAGAACCUCUUCUGAGGGAGUCCUGGAGUCCUCCCACUCUGUGAGCCUCUGCCCCACCCUUGGGCUCCUAUCCAAUGGCAUCUGGACCAGAUGCUGUGGAAACCACACGUGACCUGUCCCCACCCCAGGAACUCAGCCAGAGUGGCUUUAUCUAAGGCCCAGCUCUGUUCCUGAUCAACCUCAGGAACUUUACCGAGUGCCCUUUUUUUUUUUUUUUUUUUUUUUUUUUUGCUGGUCUUCCUGUCCUCUCCUCUGCACCAGGGGCCUCCUGGCCUUCAACUCCUCCCUUUUCUGGGCAGCAGUAAGGACACUCCUAGCAUAUGGCUGGAGCUGGGAGCCUGUGAGCUGCUGCUGCAGAAGGAGGAUGUGAGGAGUGUGCUCAGGCCUUAUCA